AUGGAACAGAAUAGAAGCAACCAUGUUGAGGGCAAAAGACCAUUCCUGACACCAUCUCCUCCUGCCGUUUGCCUGGCAGACUCUCCAGCUGUACAGUCCCAGAAUCGAAGACCAUUUCUUGAGAAACCUCAUUCAGAAGUAAAUGGAGACACCAAGUGGCACCCAGGCAGUAGUCAUUUUGCACUAUGCCCCGAGAAAGCAAGCCAGGGUUGCCGUCUAAGUCCAGGCCUGAUGCAAGAAGAGAAGGGGUACGAGCUAUUGCUUAUGCAAUAUCAAGGAAUAAAACGUACAGUUAGUGAACCUUCUCUGUCUGGGUUCUAUCAGUACAAGAAAUUAAAACUAAACCAAAAAGCUAAUGGAAAAAGAAAUAACUUCCAGGGAAACGAAGAGAAAAAUCCAGGUGAAAGCAGCAGUCAACCAAAUGUCUCCAAUUUGAAUGAUAAGAUAGAACCUGGGAGCUCAGUAGCUCAAGAAAAUGCAGCUUUAGCCAAUUUUUCAACCCAAAACUGCAGUGGGUCUGAAAAUUCAGAACCUCAGAUUCUGAAUGAGCAGGAGGAGAAAAAUGUCAACGACAAUGACAAGAAUAUUAUGUUACUUAAAAACAAAGCAGUGCUAAUGCCUAAUGGUGCUACAGUUUCUGACUCUUCCAUGGAAAACACACAUGGUGAACUCGUGGAAAAAACACUGUCUCCAUAUUAUCCAGAUUGUGUUUCCAUUGCGGUGCAGAAAACCACAUCUCACACACAAGCCAUUAAUAGCCCAGCUACUAAUGAGUUGUUGCAUGAGAUCACUCAUCCAUCCCAUACCUCAGGGCAGAUCAAUUCCACACAGACCUCGAAUUCUGAGCUGCCUCCAGCACCCACCACAGUGGUGACUGAGGACCAUGAUGCUAAUAAGACUAGUAAACCAACUGCAGUGCUUCGUAACUAUCCCGUUGAGAAACCUGAAAUGUCUCCAUCUCCUGGAGAGGGCUGUACUCUCCAGGGAACCACAAAGCUAGUAUCUGAAGAAUUCUUUUCAAGUUCCGGCAACAAUUCACAAGCUCCUGGUGGCAGCUCUGAAUGGUAUUUAAAGCAAAAUGAAAUGAAUGGUGCUUAUUUCAAGCAAAGCUCAGUGUUCGCUAAGAAUUCCUUUUCUGCCAUUACCACACCACUACCAUCACAGUUCCUUCUUUCUUCUCCACCUCUUGUCCCACAGAUCCCUCAGCUUCCUCCAGGAAGAAGAGGCAUUUUUGAUCAAAUUUUAGAACACCACCACUUCUCCAACCAAAGUAACACAGCUCUUUUAGGGGAAGUGAAAAUACAGACUCAACCAGAGGUACAACCAUCCCAGAGUCCUAACUCAUCUAAAGGUGUAUCCAGUCCUUCUCUGAUGCUUCCUGAAAGGUCUCAGAAUAAUUGCAUUAAUAAGAAUGAGAUACAGAAUCCAGGGACAUUGGCUGGUCCUUUGUGUUCUGAGGAAACAAAACAAAUAUCAGAACAUCUCAAGUUUAAUUUGCCAGUUCUUAGCAAUGCAGAUUCACAGGGUCACUUUCAGCAAUUGACAGGACAUAAAGAACAAAAGAUUCUACAGGAUCAAGAUAAGAAACAGGCACCCCCAAAACAGUGUCAUCCAAAGCUAGGUUUGAUUGAAUUAAAAGCCCUUCAUUUUCAUCAAGCUGAAUCCUGCCUUAAAAAUAAUGAAGCAUCACUGCAAUCAGUUCUUCAGUCUGAAUCCAAUCUUUCUAGUCAGAUAACCUCCAAACAAUACACUGGAAAUUCCAACAUGUCUAGGGGACAUCUAGGGCAAGCUAAUGUCCAGAAAGUAUUGCAGCCAGAACACAGGUCCCAAGGACAGUCUCAAGGUGCAGCAGACCAGCGUCUUGAGUUCCAAAACCCUUCAUACCAGGUACAGGUCUCCAAGACUAACCCAUCACCUGAAACCCACAGGCAAUCAGUGCCUGCUCGUAGACUUAAUUUUCUAGACCAGAUUCCCAAACUGAGAAACUCAAGACCAGAUCUCCAAAUGGAGAAACUCAUGCCCACAUCAUUAAACCUGGACUUGAAUCAACAAAUUUCAGAGACUGGGCUUAUCUUGAGCUAUAAGCCUCAUAAGCAGGCAGCACAAACAUCCCAUAAUACACAUCUCUCUCAAAACCAGCAACAACAAAAGUUGCAAAUGCAAAAUAAAGAACACAUACCCCAGGAUAUGUCACAUCCCCAGAACAACAGCAUCAAGCAAAGAGAAGGACUGUGUUUAGGCCAGAUCAAAGUUGAAGAAUGUGUUCAUGGUGAAAACCAGUAUUUGAAACCAAGUAAGUUCCAGACUCCUAACACCCAAAUAGGACUGGAGCAAGGGCAGAAUAUUAAUAAUAGAAGUUUCCCUCACAUUCAAAUGCUGAAAUCAAAUGCAAGCAAUGGACAACUCUCUUCUGUGAACAAUACACUAGUUCCAGCAAGAAAAGAACAGACCCCAAGUACUGAACUUUUUACAGGAAACAAGUCUCAAAACUUGCACUUCAUGCAAUAUUUUCCAAAUAAUGUGACCCCUAAACAGGAAGUUUUCCAAAGGUGCUUUCACGAACAAGAACAGAUGCCUCAACCAUCUUCCGCAUUACAAGGAUGUAAUAGAAGCCAAGAUACAUCUGUUCAACAAGCUGCACAUGUUGCUCAGCAAAGGUACUUGAAGCAUAGCCAUGCCAAUGCUUUCUCUGUGCCUAAUGUGGGAGGAAGUCAUAUGCAGACCCCUUCCCAAAAGGACAUUCAAAAGUUUGCUGCCCUACGGUGGCAUCUCUUACACAGAAAAGAACAGCAGCAAACUCAACAAGCAAGCUAUAAUCAGAUGCAAAGGCUCAUUAAAGUUGAACCUGGGUCCAAGCCUUAUUCUUGUAUGUGCCACAAGCCACCACAUGCAGAAAACAAAAUGUGGAAAAAGAUACCUAAACAAGAGACUCAGUCUGUGAGCUGUGACAAUGCACAGCCAAACAGCAUCGUUGAAAAUCAUCUAAAACAGUAUCAGAUCAAAUCCGUUAGAUCGCAGAAGCAAGGAACAGUUGAAAUGUCAGGAUCAGUCACAGUGUUAAGUACUCGAACCAGUGCUGCAGAGCUUGAUAGUCACACCUCAGCUUCAGAGCUGCAAGCAACUCCUUCUUCAGAAAAGACACCAACUAAAAGAACAGCAGCUUCUGCCCUCAAUAACUUUUUAGAGUCACCUUCUAAGUUUGUAGAUAUGCCCAUAAAAAAUUUAUUGGAUACACCUGUCAAGACGCAAUAUGAUUUCCCACCAUGCAACUGUGUAGAGCAAAUUAUUGAAAAAGAUGAAGGUCCUUAUUAUACCCAUCUAGGAGCAGGUCCUAAUGUGGCAGCUAUUAGAGAAAUCAUGGAAGAAAGGUCUGGACUGAAGGGUAAAGCAAUUAGGAUUGAAAAAAUCAUCUAUACUGGUAAAGAAGGCAAAAGUUCUCAGGGAUGUCCUAUUGCUAAAUGGGUAAUACGGAGAAGCAGUGAAGAGGAGAAGGUGCUGUGUUUGGUGAGGGACCGAGCAGGCCACUCCUGUGAGAAUGCAGUGCUUGUGGUUCUCAUCCUGAUUUGGGAAGGCAUUUCAGUGAGUCUGGCUGACAAGCUCUACAAGGAACUUUCUGAGACCCUGAGUAAAUCUGGCGCACUCACCAACCGUCGGUGUUCCCUGAAUGAAGAGAGAACCUGUACCUGUCAGGGGAUGGACCCAGCAACCAGUGGUGCCUCCUUUUCUUUCGGCUGUUCAUGGAGCAUGUACUACAAUGGGUGUAAAUUUGCCAGAAGCAAGAUCCCGAAGAGAUUUAAGCUGAAUGGGGAUGACCCAAAAGAGGAAGAAAAAGUGGAAUCUCUUUUUCAAAACCUCGCUACUCUUCUGGGACCAAUAUACAAGAAAAUGGCACCUGAUGCAUAUAAUAAUCAGGUUGAAUAUGAAGACAGAGCGCCAGAUUGUCGCCUGGGUCUGGAACCAGGCCGUCCAUUCUCAGGAGUCACUGCAUGUCUGGACUUCUGUGCCCAUGCACAUAGAGAUUUGCACAACAUGAUUAAUGGAAGCACAGUGGUAUGCACCCUCACCAAAGAGGACAAUCGAGGAAUUGAUGCAAAACCUGAGGAUGAGCAGCUCCAUGUUCUACCUUUGUACAAAAUCUCUCCUGUGGAUGAGUAUGGGAGCACAGAAGCCCAGGAGGAGAAAAUACGAAAUGGUUCUAUUCAGGUACUGAGCUCUUAUCCAAGAAAAGUCAGGUUGUUAUCAGAGCCAGCCAAGCCAUGCCGCCUAAGGAAAAUGGAAAGCAAAAAAGCAGCCGCUGAGAAGCUGGCCUCACAGGAAAACACCUCCAAUAGGAAUGACAAGGACAAGUCAACCUCAUCACGGGCAAAACAGACUGAUAACGCAAGCCAAGCUAAACAGUUGGGAGAAAUGUUGCGGCAUUCAGGAGCAGUCAUACCGCCACCGCUGUCCUAUUACCAGCAACCACAGAAGCAGAAACUUCAACAGCCUCAACAACAGCAUCGACCCCAGCAGCAGCCACAUCACACCUUGGCUAACAGCUCUCAGUCAGAGUCUAUCAAUUCUUCAUCCGGACCCACCAAUCUAUUUAUUAGACAGCCCAAUCCAGUUAGCCCAUAUCCAGCUUUACACACUUCAGAUGUUUAUGGUGGGGACAACCUAAUGAACCUUUAUUCCACCUCAUCCCAAACUACAGGAUCAUAUUUCAAUUCUUCUAAUCCCAUAAACUCCUAUUCUGGACUUUUAAAUCAAAACAACCAAUACACAACAUACCAGUGCAAUGGAAACGUAUCAGUGGACAACUGCACUCCAUAUUUGAAUUCCUAUUCAUCCCAGUCGCAAACCGUCGAUCCAUACAGGUUUCCAAGUCAAGACCAGCUCUCUAAAGUAAACCUUCCACCCAUCCAUACACUGUACCGGCAGCGGCUUGGAAAUAGCCAAAGUGAUUUGUCCAAAUGCUUGGGUUAUGGAGCUCAAAAUAUGCAGGGAGAUGCCUUCAGCAGUUGUACUGUUGAGACAAAUGCACACCGUGUAGGGACAUUUCCUUCUUACUCCACUCCUGAGAUGGAAACUGCUUCUAGAUUACCACCCAAUCUGAGCAAUCCAAAUAUAGACUAUAAAAAUGGUAAUAAUCCAUCUUCUUAUAUGAUUCAUAACUACAGUGCAGCUCCAGGUGUAUUCAAUAGCCCUCUGCAUCUCCAGAAUAAAGAGAAUGGUAUGUUUUCCCAUACAACUAAUGGGUUAUUGAAGGUGCUUACCUAUGACGGAACUGCCGCUCAAGAAGGCGUCCACAAAUUACACGAUGCUCCUAGUCAAGAAAAACAGCUUUACGUACCAGCCGAGGAUGGGGCUGUUGCUGCAGAGGAUGAUGAUGAAAGGUGGUCGGACAGUGAGAAGAGUUUUCUGGAUCCUGAUGUAGGGGGAGUAGCUGUGUCUCCUUCUCAUGGGUGUAUCAUGAUCGAGUGUGCAAAGCGUGAGCUGCAUGCCACAACCCCGUUAAAAAAUCCCAAUAGGAAUCAUCCCACCAGGAUUUCACUUGUCUUUUACCAGCAUAAGAACUUAAAUGAGGCAAAACAUGGCUUGGCCCUCUGGGAAGCCAAAAUGGCAGAAAAAGCUCGUGAGAAAGGAGAAGAUUAUGAAAAGUACGGACCUGAGUACGUGUCUCCAAAAACCCAUGGCAAAAAAAUCAAACGGGAGGCCCCCGAGCAAGAACCUUCAGAACCCUCUUACUUGCGCUUUAUCAGGUCCCUUGGUGCAAACAGCAUGUCCGUGAACACGGCCUCUGAAGUAACCACAUCCCCAUAUUCCUUCACUCGGGUCACAGGACCCUACAACAGAUAUGUGUAA